AAUACCAACGCGCUGCCGUGUUGUUUUUGUGCUUCCAGCUCUCGGGAAAAGCCGCUGGGAUUUCUCUACCCGAUCCACUCUGUCCUGCGUCCGAGGGGACACAACAUCCCUUCGGAAGGCUCUGCCAAGCUGCGUUGCGACGGGAGCUGACAUUUCUGGGGCGGUUCUGAUACCUAUUGAAAUUUGGCAGAGGGAAGGGAGACGGGAGAGACGCAACCAUCAGCGAGGAAGGCAGGCCCCGUCCGGGGAUCUUAGAAACCCUGCGGUCCAUCAUGAAGUUCCAGUAUAAGGAGGACCAUCCCUUUGAGUAUCGGAAAAAGGAAGGAGAAAAGAUCCGGAAGAAAUAUCCGGACAGGGUCCCUGUGAUUGUGGAGAAGGCUCCUAAGGCCAGGGUGCCUGAUCUGGACAAGAGGAAGUACCUGGUGCCCUCUGAUCUCACAGUUGGCCAGUUCUACUUCCUAAUCCGGAAGAGGAUCCACCUGAGGCCCGAGGACGCCUUGUUCUUCUUUGUCAACAACACUAUCCCUCCCACUAGCGCUACCAUGGGCCAGCUGUAUGAGGACAACCAUGAGGAAGACUAUUUUCUGUAUGUGGCCUACAGUGACGAGAGUGUCUAUGGGAACCCAGGGAGAAAGUAUGUCAGGACAGAGGCGUUGGAUUGGCUUUGAUAGAGGAAUGAAGACGAUUUAAUUUCACAACAUUUCUGUGAAUUGGUUUUUGUGUGACUUCACGGAAGAGGCAGGAGGCGGGCAAGUUGGGGCCAGAGAUGAUUGUGGACCACCAGUAACUUCCUGCUCUCUUUCCUCUUCGGGCAGAGAUUCUAUUUUUGACGUUUGCACAAGACAGGUAGGGAAAGGGGAUGAGGGUGUUUUAGGACUACUUUCUGGCUUUUCAUUCCUAGGGACCAAAGGAAGCCCAUUGUAAUUAAAGCAUUGUGACCCCGGCCUGUCUCCACUCCUCCCCAUCCCUGUCAUAAUCCCACAUGCAUCCCGAGACAUCACAGCACCACCCAGUGGUGCUGGUUGAUUGACAUCAGGCCGACAUUGAGAUGGAGCUCUCUCACCACUGGAAGAAGACAGGGGCCAGGCAUGAGGGAUGGUGUGGUUUUGAAGAUAGUUUUGGUAGCAUUAAACUGGAAUUGACUAAGCCGAGCAUCUCUGUCUAACCUGCUCUCUCUCUGGUGCCCCUUAUCCCACACCUGCGUGGGACUUCAGUGAGCCACAACCGUUUCCAAUUACGGGCUAUAAAACCACUCCUCCAGCACUUCCCAAACUUUGCUCCACGUGUAGGGACGGAGAUGUCUUAUAUACGGAAGGGGCAGGUACGAGGUGAGACAGAUCGUCUGCGCCUCCCACUCAGCCAGGAUUCUUGCUCCCUGUUGCUGCCCCUUCGGUCCCAGGCACACAGAUCUGCUAAGUGAUGACCAGCUGCCUCCUGACUUAGGUUUUCAUGUACUGCAGCUGCUAGUUAAACAGGUUUGAGGGGAUGACUUAAUACUUCAUGGGGAUUCUAUGGAUUCUGAUUAUUUUCACUUUGGGGAUUUUGUGGGCGGGCGUGGGGAGCAGGCAUCGCACUCAGACAUGACAUUUCAGUUCAUCUCUGCUAAUGAAAAGGGUCCUUCCUGUGGGAGAAAUCUGUGUCUGUUCUCUCAGCUGCAGAUUCUUGUGUAAUGAAGUUUGUGCUGUCAGGCCAAGGAAAUAAAAUAAUUGCAUACCUUGAAAACCA